GUCAGCAUCAUGCUCGACCUUCAGAAGUUUGCAACGGCAGUGGCUGGCUCAGAUUGGCGGUCCACGAUAUUCAUCACAACCGCACUUCUUAUGGGCUACAUCUUCAUUUUCCGCCCUAUACGGAACAUAUUUUUCCAUCCACUCAAGAAGUACCCGGGGCCCAAACUCUUUGCUGCAUCCUCGAUUCCUUAUGGAUUCUGGUAUAUGACAGGCAAAUGGCAUACCAAGAUCCGCCAGCUGCACGCCACGUACGGCCCUGUCGUUCGUAUUGGACCGAAGGAAUUAUCGUAUGCUACCCCAGAGGCAUGGGAGGACAUAUAUGGUCGUUACGUGCCGGCCAAGCGCAAAGAGAAUCCAAAACCAACGUGGUACUGCAGCCCAGACGCCCACGAUAUGGUCGGCGCCAGUUUGGGUGAUCAUGGCCGCAUGCGCCGCGUCAUGGCACCGGGCUUCACCUACAGCGCCAUGUGCAAGCAAGAGCCUCUGAUCAAAACUCAUGUCGACUUGUUCCUUUCUAAGCUGCACAACAUCUGCGAACAAGGAAAAGCGACGGUCAACAUGCUCGAGUGGUUCACCUACUGCACCUUCGACCUGAUCGGCGACUUAUCGUUUGGUGAACCCUUUGGUUGUUUGGAAAACGCCAUGUUGCACCCAUGGCUCCAGCUCGUCUUUGCGAAUAUUUACGUCACGCACAUAAUUUUGCUGUGCAAGCGCAUCCCCUUCUUCUACCUCUUUCUGCCUGUCAAGACGACUCUUCAGUUGUAUCGCGAUUUUAACCGACACGUCGUUCUCCUACGCCAAGUUGUUGAGCGCAGAUUGUCACUAACAACACCGCGCCAUGACUUCAUGGAGAUCAUGACGUCGAAGCAGAGCAACACCCUUUACAUGACCAACGAGGAGAUUUUCAAGAACGCCAUACUUCUUACCGGUGGCGGCGCAGAGACCACUUCCAGCAGCCUCACGGGUAUGGCGUUCAUCUUGACGACCAGGCCUGACGUCAAACAACGUAUCGUCGACGAACUGCAUGCGACUUUCCCGACUGAGGAAGACAUCAACAUGCGGAGCGUCGCGCAACUGACGUACACGGGCGCCUUCAUCGAAGAAGCGAUGAGGUACUAUCCUCCGGGCCCAAAUACGAUGUGGCGCACGACUCCCGCUGGCGGCAACACCAUCCUUGGCGAAUACAUCCCUGGAAACACCAUCCUCGGCAUUCCACACCGUGUCUUGUACCGCAGUGAAGCAUAUUGGAAGCAUGCUGAUGAAUUCCAUCCCGAGCGCUGGUUACCAGAUGGCGAGCGUCCGGCCGAGUUUGAUCAGGACCGCCGCGAGGGGUUCCACCCGUUCUCUUACGGCCCGCGUGCUUGCAUCGCCAUGAACUUGGCGUACGCGGAGAUGCGUUACAUCCUCGCUCGAUUCUUGUGGAACUUUGACAUUCAAGGCACGGAGCAGAGUAAAGGUUGGAUGGACAAUCAGAAGGCGUACUUGUUACAGCUGGCACACGGGGCAACGGCGGCGGCGGCAGGCGUGACUGCACACGUCAGCUACUUUAGCAGAGGAGAACAUCAUGGCAGCGGGGCGCGAUGGCUGACAGGCAGUGCUGCAGUCGUGAGCACUGCAGCGGUGCUGAAGCGAUAUGGCGCGAUAGUACGGUAUGCGAUGAUGAGGAGGAUGGGGGUGGAGACAUCGGAGGCGCACACGGCGCCCAGUCUGGGAGAGUGGCAAGCAUGUCUGGGCUGGGCACUGGCCAUCUUGGCAUGCUUCCUUGUCGGCGUCUAUGCGAGUUUACUGACAUACCGCCUGCUCCUCCACCCACUCAAUCGCUUCCCCGGCCCCUUUGCAGCGCGCGUCAGCGACCUAUGGCUAUCAUUGCAGUUAGGCGGCCAUGAUAUGCACCGGCUCAGCGAACAGCUGAGCACGGUAUAUGGCGACGUCGUUCGCGUCGGCUCAUCGACGCUGAUGCUCACCCACCCGCAGGCUGUUGCAGCCAUCCACGGGCCUGGCACCCGCUGUCGAAAGGCUGCUAUGUACGACUUUGAGCAGCCCAAUCGCGGCAUCGCUACUCGCGAUGUUAGCCUUCAUGCUGCCCGUCGCCGGCUCUGGAGUAAAGGGUUUGGGGAUAAGGCGCUUCGGUCCUACGAGCCCCGCGUGGCCGUCUAUGUGCAGCAACUGCUUGCGCGUAUUUCACAAGCCCAUGGCAAGGCCAUCGACGCAGCCCGACUGACAGAGGCAUUUGCAUUCGAUACCAUGGGCGAUCUGGGCCUUGGAAGCGACUUUGGCAUGCUACACAGUGCCACGACGCAUGCUGCUGUCGAACAGCUCGUCCAGGGCAUGGCCAUCAUGGGUCGUCGACUGCCCAUGUGGUUGAUGCGCCUGCUUGUCGACAUUGCCCAGUCUCUCGUGCCCACGGAAGCAACGACGGGAUUCCUAGCCUUUUGCUACCAUCAUCUCGACCGCCUCAUGCUGAUGACCGACCUCGAGCGCGCCGAGCGGCCAAGCCUUAUGGCUCCCAUGAUCGCCCACUACGAGCAGCAGCCACCCGCCCAUCGCGACCUAUCGGCGCUUCGCAAUGACUGUCGUUUCAUAGUCAUCGCUGGCAGCGACACCGUGGCUGCGACUCUAGCAUUCGCCAUGUUCUACCUCGCCAAGCACCCCCAACACGUGCUCCUUGUGCGAAAAGAGCUGCAACCGCUUCGGCCCGCCAGCGGCCCGUACCCCGACCACCGACUCCGUGACAAUGCCCCUCAUCUGAACGCCAUCAUUAGCGAAACGCUGCGCCUGCACCCUCCUGCCUCGACCAUCAUGCGCACUACUCCACCAGAAGGCAUCACCGUAGCUGACACCUUCAUUCCGGGCGACAUGACAGUCUUCUCAUCGCAAUAUGCCAUCGGCCGCUCUGAAGCCCUCUACACAGACGCCGCCGACUUUCGGCCCGAACGCUGGCACUCUGAGCCUGGCCUUGUAAAAGACGCGUCGGGCUAUGCACCUUUUUCUGUGGGCCACCACAGCUGUCUAGGUCGACCGCUCGCUUCCAUGGAGAUGCGCCUUGUUCUCGCUGAAACUCUGUCACGCUACAGUGUCUCCUUUGCACCCGAUUUUGACUAUGCCUCCUUCCUCGAUCGUGUUCAUGACUGCAUGUCGUGGCACAUUGGGAACUUGGACCUGUGUUUUACUCCACUCAACUGA